AGCGUAUAAUCUCACCCAAAAUACACGCAAUCUCACGCCAUUUGCACCUACAAAUCUCAUCAUCUCAUCAAUAUCCAUUUCUACAAAAAAAAAAUCCAUUUCAGUAUUUCAUUGCUGUAGCAUCAAAUUUAUUGGCAUUAUUUGCUGAUAUUGCAUGCUGCAUUGAGAAGAAAAUUAAAGAAACUGACUUGGAUAGCACUGCACUCUAGCUACCAUUUUCUUGGCUUGUUUGCGAAAGCUGCUCCAUCUCCUGUGUCCUAGGCUCUUUCCCUUUUUAACCCCGUGCCACAGCUAGCCAGCCAAGCACUGCACAAACCUUUCCCCUGAAGAGGCCAAGAAGUUAUGGGAGAGGAGGCAGCCAUGGCCACCAUGGAGAGCGCCUACCAUGAUGAGCUUGCUCCGGCGGCGGCGCCGGCGCCGGCGAAGGGAGGAGGGAGCAAGAAGAAGAGGAAGCAGCAGAAGAGGGAGGAGAAGAGGAAGGAGUGCAGGCUGGUGAGCUACCACGAGCUGCCGGACUACAUGAAGGAGAACGAGUUCAUCCUCGACUACUACCGCUCCGAGUGGCCCAUCCUCAAUGCCCUCCUCAGCCUCUUCUCCUGGCACAACGAGACCAUCAACAUCUGGACGCAUCUUCUUGGGUUCGUGCUGUUCUUCGGCCUCACCGUCCUGCAUCUUGGCCAGUACUUCCCCCAGGUUGCUGAUCUCAUCGGACACCUCUCCUGGCCAAUCUCAAAGGUUGCUGAAAAUGUCUCCAGUAACAUUGGAGAUGUCCUCUCUGGCGCGGCGUCGUUCAUGCAGGCGAGCCCGGCGUCGAGCGCCGGCGCCAUGGCGGCGGCGUGGCCGGUGACGGCGGCGGCGGCGGCGACGACGCGGUGGCCGUUCUUCGUGUUCCUCGCGGGCGCCAUGUUCUGCCUGCUGAGCAGCGCGGCGUGCCACCUCCUGUCGUGCCACUCGCACCGCCUCAACCUGUUCCUCAUCCGCCUCGACUACACCGGCAUCGCCGUCAUGAUCGUCGUCUCCUUCUUCCCGCCCAUCUACUACAUCUUCCAGUGCGAGCCGCGGUGGCAGGUGGUGUACCUGUCGGCGAUCACCGCCGCCGGGGUGGCCACCGUGUACGCGCUCAUGUCGCCCAGGCUGAGCGCGGCGAGGUACCGCGCCCACCGCGCGCUGCUGUUCGUCGCCAUGGGCCUCUCCGGCGUCGUCCCCGCCGCCCACGCCGUCGCCGUCAACUGGCACGAGCCCCGCCGGAACGUGACGCUGGCGUACGAGGGCGCCAUGGCGGCGUCCUACCUCGCCGGCACCGCGUUCUACCUCACCCGCGUCCCGGAGCGGUGGCGCCCCGGCAUGUUCGACCUGUGCGGCCACAGCCACCAGAUCUUCCACGCGCUCGUCAUCGCCGGCGCGCUCGCGCACUACGCCGCCGCCAUCGUCUUCAUCCAGGCACGCGACGAGAUGGGCUGCCCGGCGCCAUAGCUAAGCUAGCGAUCGAACACACAAGAAAACAUUUCUCUCCAUGGAUCGAUGAACCAAAUGAUAAUUCGAUACAGCAGAGUACACAAGAAGCAUAUAUAUACAGCGGUAGACGAUCGAAUUAAUUGAUUUGAGUGGUUUUGUUUUUGUGAGGUUUUUUUUUAAAAUUUUUAAGUUUGUUUAGCUUGCAGGAGUCGGUCAUCAAGUGUGAGAUAUUACCGUGUCGUCCGGUUAAUGACAAGGAUUUAUUGAUUGUUAUGAUGUCGAAACUUGUACAUACAAGAAGCAACUGUUGCUUAUUCGUUCGUUGUAAGAUGCAACAAAUUAAGAAGAGAGAGAGAGAUAAGGCAACAAAA